UCUUUUUUCUCUAACUAAUUCUAAUCACUCUUAUAAGAGUACUUUCCCAUGACAGUUGAAAUUUCGAAAAAAAUCUCGACAAAGUAAUCAAAAUAAUUUAAAUUUUGCGCGUUCGUGUAAUGCGCUAAUCUAAUUGUUUCUAUUAUUUUUUCGAAAUUCUCAGUCAUUUUCUGACAUUCUAAUUGUCAUGGGACAAUACUCUGUUGUUGCUUGAAAUUUUUACACUUAAAAUAAAAUAAAUGUAUAUUUUGGCGUUGAAAAGAAAUUGAAGAUAUUGGAGUGUCAUGGGUGCAUUCGGUGCUACGGCCGAAGCUCAGUGAGCUUUUCUACAUAGCUACUUUUCUUAUGGUUCCUGCACACUGGACACAGAAACACUUGCCGCGCGGCAAGUGAGACGAGAUAACCAAUGAACAAUUAGGAGCUGUAAGCUUAUUGGCUAUCGCAUCACAUUUUGCCCUGCGGCCAACGUUUUCGCGUCCAGUGUGCAAAAGCCAUUAGAGUACAUCGUCUACUUUUCAAAGCUGGAAAUGAUAAAUCGAUAUUUGCUAUGUAGUUUACGUCCACUUUGCCAGAGUAGUACGCGGCAGCAUUUUGCGGUUACAGGUUUUGGGCCGUCAUGUCUAAAGCUCUAGAUAUCAAAGUACUGCAUUCCUUUUAUCUAAGCCGAAAUGCCGACAGCCUUUCUAUUGGCUAUUUCGACCGCCAUUUCGAUUUAGUUGUCUGUAGUCCAAUAAACGCUUAUUAUUAGUAUAGGGUAUGGUUAGUAGGUCCAAAAUGAAGGACCUAUGCUACUUUGGUAUUUAGAGCUUUAGUCAUGUUCUCUCUCAGCCCUGCUCCUUCCAGUAAUAUAUAUUUUAAGGAGCUCUUGUUACGGUCCAUACCUGUUUGGGCUACUUUUAGAUCUAACGGAAUAUUCCAAUCAGAUGCAAGAGCGCACUGAGCAGUUGUAGUACUGAAUGCACUCAAUAUGAACAGACCUAAUAUUUCGAAUAUUUUGCAGGAUUUUACAUCGGUUAUGUAUUAUUAUGAGUGCCACAGAAAACGCCGCGCGAUUAUCGUAUUUUUGUAAUUAAUAUAUUCGUGAUAAUUAAUUGUGUUUUUGAAAGUGUCAAGAGUUAUAAAGAAUGAAAGAAACUGCAACGAAAAAUUGGCGGAAAGGAAAAAAGAGAAGACCCACAUGGAAGGCACAGAGCGACAACAAAAAACGGAUGCCUAAUGAGAACGUGUGUGCCUGUGGCGUAGUCGUGGGUCUGCCGAAAUGCCAGGGAAAGCUGGCCAUCCUUCUGCCCAAGACGAAGGGCAACAAGUCAGAGGGCAAGAGCUCGCGAAAACAACUCGAAGAAGGGCAAGUACCGAAGACUCGAACGUCGAAUGAGACCGGAAGCAGCAGCAUGGUGACUGAAUCCUCGAGAUCCACGAUGAAGAGCAGCAAGCACGAGAAGCGGCUCACUCACUCGAGGAGGACUCGAAGCGCCGACAGAGCCGAAUCACAUUAUACUUACAUCGAUUCGGGCUCGAGUGUACUUGGCGGUGGGAUUCGUGAAAACACUAUACCGGAAGCAUUGUACGCCACCAUACCAGAUACGCCAAAUGCGAGCGUCAACGAAAGUGGGACGAGUCGGCCAAAUUCACAGAGCAGAUCGCAACCUGUUUACUCCGCAAUUCCAUCUAUGACGUCGCCACCGCCAACGUACGACGUUGCGAUUGCAAAAACGUGGCAGAACGGUCUGCCACCGACGUACGAGGAGUAUCUUUAUCACAAGAACGCGAUGACAUCACGCUCACAUACUCCUCCACCACCGUGGUCCGAUUCGACGACGACUAAUCAGGCUUCGAGUAUCUCACGACGUGAACUUUUGGCCAGCCAACCUGAGCUUCGCGAAUAUUUGACGCAGCUGGCGCUAAGCGAUCGUGGCUUACAGUAUCAACAUCAACAGCAACGACAACAAUCUAGAGACGAUGGCUACUCACAAUCAGUCCCGAGGGUACAGGUCAGAGUACAGAGACGUGCGCGGGCAAUGCCUCUCAGAUCGCAGAGUGAAAGUCGAGCGCAACAACAACGAAUUGCGGCAAUGUAUACGGAUGCUGCAUUUUGCAUGGAAACCACGGUAUUACAAUCGGCAUUCGAUUCUGGACCAGGAUUUGCUCUCUGCAGCCUGAUGUAAAAGGACGAACAACUUCACUUUAACAGGAAAUUGCAGGAAGGUUGAUACUAUCAUCAAUCCACAAUC